AAGUUAGCAAAAUUGGGUUUCUCUUCCUCAGAAUUUUCCGCCUCGGUGUUUGCUUUAAAACCACCGCCACAGGCACAUUGUUUCUCUUACAAUAGUUUUUUAUAUUUUUCUUCCGAAUAAUUUUUUUUUUGGUUGUUCAUCAAUGGCGGAAUCAAAGACAAAGUUUGCAGAAAUCAGGGAAUGGAUCGUCGAACACAAGCUUCGUACCGUUGGUUGUUUAUGGCUGAGUGGUAUCUCUGGUUCGAUCGCCUACAACUGGUCUAAACCUGGUAUGAAAACCAGUGUCCGAAUCAUCCACGCCAGGCUACACGCUCAGGCCCUGACAUUGGCCGCUCUAGCUGGAGCAGCCGCAGUGGAGUACUAUGAUCACAAAACUGGAGCCACCGAUCGUUACCCCAAAUUUCUCAAGCCUGAUAACUUGAAUAAAGACUAAAAAAAUUCUUACCACAUAGCUGAUGUUGCCUAGAACUAUUCUUAGGCAUAAUUUAGCUACUCAACUUUUUUUUUAAUGUUUCUUUAAUCCUUGUUCCCGUACCUUGAAAUGGAUUUUGAGUCUGGUUAUAUAGCCUCUACGCACUGCAGAUUGUUUGCAAAAUACGGGAUGCUAAUCUGUAAGAGAUACACAUUCAGAAAAAUAAUGCAUAUUUAUAUUCCGUUUU